GCUUGAGUACUGUAUUCUUUCCCUCUUCCUGUCAUUGCAUCGAGCCGGUAAGAAGAGGCGAUGUAUAUUGCCUGGAAAUUUUGGGAUUAAGAUAAGUUCUGUUGUCGUACUGGGAAUAUUGAUUUACGAAGGAAAUAAGGAGCUGAUAUUUAGACGGAAAAUGCAUUUUGUACUGUCCCACUGAAUGGGUCUGUCUAUGAUAAUGCCGGUGUAAGCUGCGAAAGGCCAGCGAACCAACUUGACAGACGCAGUACAUUCACAUAGACUUUGUUUCAGGCGAGCACUUUUUAGUAAUACACCAGACCUGUCAGUCUGGUUUCACGCUUCUUUGUCUUUAAUAUGUUUACUCGCCCUAUAGAAAUCACUAACAUUUAGAAUUCUUGCUGCUAACAUUUACCGAGAGCAUUUGUAUUUCAGUAGCUUCAAGGCUCUUCAGCAGGUGUAGACAUGAGGGUUGCUGUGAUUAUUAGUGGCAACCUGGUUUUCACUCUGGUGGAUAUCGUGGUCACCACAAUCUUGUAUGUUCAUGGAUCAAGUUUCGAUAUAUUUUCAGAUGAAUUAGAAGACUUUGACAUACACUGCUCAACUGUGGAUUUGUGGGGAACUGUUCUCAUCCGGGCCACUCUUCUUUUCGGGGCCACCAUCGGGGUGUUCUAUAACAGGACUGAUGGUCCACAGAGGGUUUCAAACCUGGGGACGUUGGUUUCUCUUAUAUGCCUUACCAUCAUGACUUAUGCUCUUGCCAAGUUGUUGAUGCUUUCCGAGGAGGGAACUCUGAUGUACGACCCCUGGUUCCUAAGUUUGUUCUCCUGGACUUGUGCAUCAGCAAUAGGCAUCAUGAUCUCAUGGAAGCUGCUGUCACAGUCUCCCAAUUCUGUAUCUGAAAGAGAGGACAGCGAGGAGACAGAGAGGCUGGUGGAUGGUAUCGAGACCGAAGAUGAGUCCAGUAAGAAGAGCAGAAAAUCAAGGAAAGAGCCCCCCGAUUCAGGGGCCACAAUCGGCCGUCUAUUGUCGUACUGUAAGAAGGACUCUGGUUUGCUGGCCAUUGCUUUCUUCUUUCUUCUACUCUCUGCUGUGUGUGAAACUUUUAUACCUUAUUACACGGGGCGAGCAAUAGAUGGCAUAGUUAUCCAGAAAAGCAUGGAUCAUUUUGCCAAACCACUGAUUACUCUCUCUAUUUUGGCUUUGGUCAGCUCCAUAGCCACUGGGUUUCGUGGGGGUGUCUUUUCUGUUACGUUUGCUAGGUUGAACAUUCGACUUCGAAACCUUCUCUUUAGAUCACUAAUGCAUCAGGAGAUUGGCUUCUUCGAUUCUAACCAUACAGGUGACAUUACCUCUAGACUUACUUCAGACACUACUCAGGUGAGCGACCUCAUCUCACAAAAUGUCAACCUGUUCCUGCGCAGCUUUGUGAAAGCUGUGGGCAUCUUCAUAUUCAUGUUUGGGAUGUCAUGGAAACUGUCGGUAGUCACCAUCAUGGGUUUCCCAUAUAUAGCUGUGGUCUCCAUGCUGUAUGGAGAGUAUUACAAGAAAUUAACCAAAGAAGUUCAGACAGCACUGGCUCAGGCCAAUAAAGUGGCAGAGGAAACAAUAUCAGCCAUGAGAACAGUGCGAAGUUUUGCAAAUGAAGAUCAGGAGGGAGACUCGUACUACAGCCGACUGCAAGAGAUGUUUGUUCUUAAUAAGAAACAAGCAGUUGCCUAUGCCUGCUUCAUGUGGUCCAGCUAUAUCUCUGAGCUAGCCUUGCAAGUAGCAAUCCUGUUUUAUGGAGGCCACCUAGUGGUGACAAAUCAGAUGAGUGGAGGGACCCUUAUAUCCUUUAUCAUUUAUGAGCUGGAGCUCGGCGAGGCCCUGGAGAGUAUAUCGUCAGUGUACACAGGUCUGAUGCAAGGCGUUGGCGCUGCAGAGAAAGUGUUUGAAUAUAUCGACAGGAAACCUAAACAUAUCCUUGAUGGUCAAGAAGCUCCAGAGACAUUUGAAGGGCAGGUGGAAUUCAAAAAUGUGACAUUUGCGUAUCCAACACGGCCAGAGAUGGAUAUAUUAAAGAAUGUUUCCUUCAGUCUUCGCCCCGGGCAAGUAACUGCACUGGUAGGGCCCUCUGGUGGUGGAAAAAGCUCAUGCGUGUGCUUGCUGGAGAACUUCUAUGCUCCUCAGCAAGGCCAGGUGCUAGUGGACGGCCGACCUGUGAACAGCUACCACCACAAAUACUAUCACUCUAAGGUAGCACUGGUGAGUCAGGAGCCUGUUUUAUUUGCCCGCACAGUUCAGAUGAAUAUAUCCUAUGGUGUACCUGAAACCUCAAUGGAUUCAGUCAUUAGAGCUGCUAUUAAUGCCAAUGCACAUGACUUCAUAACAGGCCUCUCCAAAGGCUAUGAAACUGGGGUUGGAGAGAAGGGUGCUCAGCUGUCUGGUGGGCAAAAACAGAGAGUUGCCAUUGCUCGGGCUCUUAUCAGAAACCCUUGCAUUCUUAUUUUGGAUGAAGCCACAAGUGCACUGGAUUCAGAAAGUGAAUACAUAGUUCAGCAGGCUCUGAACAACUUGAUGCGAGAACACACGGUUUUAGUGAUUGCCCAUAGACUGAGCACAGUGGAGAGAGCAGAUAACAUCCUAGUGAUCGACAAAGGCUGUGUGGCAGAGCAGGGCCCACAUGCUGAACUUAUGGCCAGGGGAGGCCUCUACUGUAAGCUGGUGCAGAGGCAGAUCAUGGGGACUGACUUAGAUGCAGAUGUUCACAACCCAUCGCCAGCCCCAGCAUGGAAGCUGAAGGAGGGAGAUAAGGAGAGUACAGAGGACUGUAGCGACACUGAGUGUGAAGCACGCUACUAAGACAAAUAUGCUUGAAUUUGAAAUAGUCCUUAAUUCUAGACAGAUAUUUAUUUUAUUUUAUUUAUUCAAAUCUGGGGAUAUAUUACAUAUUGUGCAUGUCCAACAGUAUGUAACUACUUGACUAUGAGAGUACUACUAGGAGUUCUGCACUGAAUAAAGCUUUAAGAAAUAAAUAUUCAAAUAUAAAUAUCAUAAAUAGUACAAACAUAUCGCCAACUUAAUUAUGGAAAUAAAAUGAAUUAAUGGACAAA